AUGUCCGAAUUCAUCGGAUCGCGCAUCUCCCUCAUCUCCAAGAGCGACAUCAAAUACGUCGGCACGCUCCACGAGAUCAACUCGGAGAACUCGACAGUCGCUCUGGAAAAUGUCAAGUCAUUCGGCACCGAAGGCCGUCGCGGCAACCCAGACGACGAGAUCCCGCCUAACGACCAGAUCUACGACUACAUUGUCUUCCGUGGAAGCGACGUCAAGGACCUGACUAUUGUCGAGCCUCCCAAGGAGAACAAGCCCCAGCCUCCUCAGAUGCCCAAUGACCCCGCCAUUCUCGGUGUAAGUUGCUCGCAAUCGCCCAAGAUACACUCAUUUGCUAUGAUGAAACAUUCCGGAUGUAANACCAUUGUCAUUUUCCGAGAGCGCAAAACCAUGUGGACACUUUCCGUUGCCUUCCUUCUGAGCCCAUACAAUACCACACAACUUCGACCUGCUUUCUCAAGAGUUGACGCUGACGUUAACUCAUUCAGNGCCGCGAGACCCCACGGCGCACCCGGCGCUCCCCAAGCACCACCUUCAGGCCCUCCUCAGGGCGCCUUCCCCCAGCCCAACCAGCAGCAACAACAGCAGCAGCAGCAGUGGCGCGGUCCUCAAGGCCCUCAGGGCCCUCAACAACCCCACCCUUCCCUCCAUACGGCNUACCCUCCUCCGCCCCAGGGCAACUCUCGUUUCGGUCCUCCCGCCGGUCCUCACGGCUUCCCCAACGCCCCUCCUCAGUUCUAUGGACCCCCUCCCCCAGGCUGGUUCCCUUCCCCAGGACAAGGCUUUCCUCAGGGUCCGCCGGGACACUUCCCUUCUCAGCAGCCCAUCGGCCGUCCUGGUCAGCAACAACAGCACCAGCAACAACAGCCUCAAUCUCAGCAGCAGAGAGCCCCUGACGCUCAGGAAUCUCCUGCUCCUUCAGAGAAGCAGACCGAGUCCGCCAAGGACACCGCCGCCUUCCCUCCCCAGGUGCCCGACCAAAAGCCCACAGGCUCUGCAGACCAGGCGCCUUCUUUCGAGACUUCCGCCCCUCCUCCGCCAAUCGAUUCGAAGCCCGAUGUCGCUGCAGCUACCGCCCCUGCUCAAUCUCAGCAAAAGCCUCCCACUGGUCCUAAGAAUACCCGUGUAGCCGUUCCUCUUAUUCCCCUCCACGCUAAGCCUGGCAACGCCCCUUCGAACUUGGUCCAGCAGCAACAGACUGCUACACAGACUGCUGCGGCCGCUGUAGCUGCCGCCAUGGCCAAGCUCCCCAUCUCGGCCAACACGCCCGUUGACUCUAGUGUCGAUAACUUGGUAAAGCGUGUCGGUGAUAUGCGCACUGACGACAGAACAAGACACCCGCGCCAACCAAAUGCUGGUGGAUUCCCUGCUGGAAACCGUGGCGGCCGUGGUGGCAGACGCCCCAGCAACCGUGAUCUCGCCAAACCAGUCGAGGUACCUACGACAGAUUUCGAUUUCGAGACCAGCAAUGCCAAGUUCAACAAGCAGGAUCUGGUGAAGGAGGCAAUUGCAUCUGGCUCUCCUUUGGGUACACCCACCACCGAUGAGCCUAAGCAUUCUCAGGAAGAUGCAUCCAACGGCUACGAAGCUCCUCAGGCCGAGCGCGAGGUCGUAAUUCCUGGCGCCACCUACAACAAGUCAAGCUCGUUCUUUGACAACAUCUCAUCCGAACUCAAGGACAGACAGGCCGCUCAAGAGGAUGGAAGACGUAUGGGAGGCAUGGAAUUCAGAACCGAAGAGCGCAAGAAGAAUUUCGAAACUUUCGGACAGGCCAAUGUGGAUAACGGAUUCCGUGGUGGAUACCGUGGUCGCGGUCGCGGCAGAGGAUUUGGGCGCGGCGGCCAGCGUGGCGGUUUCGCUCCCAGGGGCGGCUACGCACCCAGAGGCCGGGGUGCAAGCUUUGCUGGCGAGUCUUAG